UUCAGCAACUAUGAUAUGAACUGGGUCGGACUGGAGUGGGUUGCCUGGGUUGAAAAUGAUAAUGACGGGAAAUCCUACUGUCAGUCAGUUCAAGGCCGGUUUACCAUCUCCAGAGACAACAGCAGGCAGCAGCUGUAUCUGCAGAUGAACAAUCUGAAGACUGAAGAUUCUGCUGUUUAUUACUGUGCUGUUGAAACCUGUCACUGUGACUACUACUUUGACUACUGGGGAAAAGGAACAAUGGUGACCGUCACAACAGCCAAUCCAACUGCACCAACUCUGUUUCCCCUGAUGCAAUGUGGUUCUGGGACUGGAGACUUGGUCACUCUCGGCUGCCUUGCCACCGGCUUCACACCCUCCUCACUGACCUACACAUGGAGCAAAAAUGGGGCUGCCUUGACGGACUUCAUUCAGUAUCCUCCAGUACAGAAAGGGAACGUUUAUACGGGAGUCAGUCAAAUCCGAGUGAGGAGACAGGACUGGGACGCAAAGCAGACUUUCAAAUGUGCCGUGACACAUCCAGCAGGAAAUGCAGAGGCUACUGUCCUCCCACCAUCACCACCACCACGACUGCGGGUUGUCUCUCCAAACAUCACAUUACACCCUGUGUGGGAAGGUGUAAUCGGGGCCUCACCUGUCAGACUCCUCUGCACCCUAAGUGGCUUCUUUCCAGACCAACUGAGUGUGACGUGGCAACGGGACAACCAAUCUCUAAACAUUGAGCAAAUCGAAAGGAAGCUGCAGAGUGUGAAGGGAGUGGAGAAAACCAUCAGUCUAAGCAGUGAGAUUGAGCCAAAUAUGAAACAGUGGGCAGGUGGCUCAAGUUUUACAUGCAUGUCCACUCAUAUCAAUAGUGAAUUUCGAAAAACAAUAAGUAUUUGUCAAACACAGACAAGCGCCCCUCCUUCCGUUCAUGUGGAGAUUCCCAGCUUCAAGACAGUAAUGGAGUCAACGUCUGAUUUGAAGGCAACGUGUUCAGUCCGCACAGUGUUUGAAGCAAUGGUGACCUGGCUGAUGGAUGGGCAACCCCCAUCCAGUCACCAAGUGAACCAGGUCACAAAUACAACUCAUUUAAUAAGCACUCUGACGGUUUCCUCGAGUCGGUGGAAACAACUGAAGCUUCUGAAAUGUAAAGUUGAACAUCGCUGCUUCUCAUCCACUGAGGAGACAAUAAAUGUUGCAGCGCCUGCAGUUACAGCUCCAUCAGUGGAGAUCAGGAGAUCUCUCCCAGAUUUGCUGAAGGGAAACAGUGCUGUGCUGGAGUGUGACGUCACACAACUCUCCUCCAGUGACCUCUACAUCACCUUUCAGGCCAACAGUGUUGACAUCUCUGACAAACAGUAUGUUGAUCUUCCUGAAGCCCCAGGCCUCCAUUCAGUCAGUAGACGCUUCACUGUCCCUCCAAACUACUGGAAGAGAGACACAAGUUUCACCUGCAAAGUGAAUCAAGGUUUCUCCAGCAGCUUCAAGUCAAACCCCACUGGCAAUAUUUUUGUGGACCCAUCAGUGGAGCUCCUUCAGGUCCCCAGUAAAGAGUCAGGACCACAGAGGAUCUUGUGCUCUGGAUGGGGCUUCAACCCUCAAAUGAAAUGGUUUCCUGAGUCUCAGCAAGCAUCUACAUCAACGAAUGACAUCAGCAUGAGUGCAGAUGGACGUGUGGCAGUAACCAGUCAACUUCACAUCCCUCAGACAGAGUGGAAAACAGGGAAGGUCUUCACUUGUUUAGUGUCUGACAAGUCUCUGAGUAAAACAGUUGAAAAGAACAUCAGCAUCUGUUCAGCUCAUUCAAGCGCCCCUCCUUCAGUUCAUGUGGAGGUUCCCAGCUUCAAGACAGUAAUGGAGUCAACGUCUGAUUUGAAGGCAACGUGUUCAGUCCGCACAGUGUUUGAUGCCAACGUGACCUGGCUGAUGGAUGGGCAACCCCCAUCCAGUCACCAAGUGAAGGUCACAAAUACAACUCAUUUAAUAAGCACUCUGACGGUUUCCUCGAGUCGGUGGAAACAACUGAAGCUUCUGAAAUGUAAAGCUGAACAUCGCUGCUUCUCAUCCACUGAGGAGACAAUAAAUGUUGCAGCGCCUGCAGUUACAGCUCCAUCAGUGGAGAUCAGGAGAUCUCUCCCAGAUUUGCUGAAGGGAAACAGUGCUGUGCUGGAGUGUGACGUCACACAACUCUCCUCCAGUGACCUCUACAUCACCUUUCAGGCCAACAGUGUUGACAUCUCUGACAAACAGUAUGUUGAUCUUCCUGAAGCCCCAGGCCUCCAUUCAGUCAGUAGACGCUUCACUGUCCCUCCAAACUACUGGAAGAGAGACACAAGUUUCACCUGCAAAGUGAAUCAAGGUUUCUCCAGCAACUUCAAGUCAAACCCCACUGGCAAUAUUUUUGUGGACCCAUCAGUGGAGCUCCUUCAGGUCCCCAAUAAAGAGUCAGGACCACAGAGGAUCUUGUGCUCUGGAUGGGGCUUCAACCCUCAAAUUAAAUGGUUUCCUGAGUCUCAGCAAGCAUCUCCAUCAACGAAUGACAUCAGAAUGAGUGCAGAUGGACGUGUGGCAGUAACCAGUCAACUUCACAUCCCUCAGACAGAGUGGAAAACAGGGAAGGUCUUCACUUGUUUAGUGUCUGACAAGUCUCUGAGUAAAACAGUUGAAAAGAACAUCAGCAUCUGUUCAGUAACUCCAGCAUCAUCUCAGAUAGUUGCCGUAUAUGUUCAGGGACCACCCCUCCAGGAGCUUCAGAGCAAGGGACAGGUGACUGUCAUCUGUCUUCUGGUUGGCCCUUCUCUUGAUGAUUUCUCCAUCACCUGGAAAGUAGGUGGGAACAAAUAUUCUCUUAAUGUCCACACGGAGCAACCAGUGAGUCACAGCAAUGGGACGGAGUCUUUGCGGAGCUUCCUCAAAGUGUCAGCGGAGGAUUGGCAUGCAUAUAAACAAGUGUCUUGUGAGGGGAAGCACCGAUGUUCCAACCAGGGCUACCAGGACCAUAUAAGCAAAAGCAGAGACCUGUACCCACCAACAGUGAAAAUAUUACAACCAACUGCCUCUGAGCUGUCUACCUCAGAUGUGCUCACACUUAUUUGUCUAGUUUCUGGAUUUUUCCCGUCUAACAUCAUGGUGUACUGGGAGGAGAAUGGCCAGAGACUCCUUUCAGCUCGCUACACCAACAGUCCUGCCUGGAAAUACACAGAGAGCAGCGCUUAUUCAAUGAGCAGCAGACUAAACACAUCCAAAACUGAGGACAAGGAGUCUACAUAUUCUUGUGUUGUCAGGCAUGAGUCCUCUGAAACGCCGUUUGAAAGCACUAUAAAGGAUGUUUUUGCCACAGUGACCUACAGCCAACCUUCUGCUACCUUGCUCCAGGGCUCUGGUGAACUUGUGUGCCUGGUCUUCGGCUUCAGCCCUGCAUCUAUUAGCAUCACUUGGUUUUCUGGUAACACCAAGGAACUGUUGGACUACAACACUAGUGAACCCAUCAGAGGCCCAAAUGGAAAGUUCAGCAUCCAAAGCCACCUUCGUCUGUCCCAUGGCAACUGGUUCCCUGGGGCAGUCCUCACCUGCAGGGUGACACAUGAGAACACCACCCAAUCCCUGAAUAUAUCUAAACCAGGCACGUUGGAGGGCUGUCAUUUCUUAGAUGAGAUUAUGCAUGCUGAUGUGAACCAAGACACAGAUGUGGAAAGCUGGUAUAUGACUUUCACUUUCCUCUUUUUAUUCCUCAUCUCUGUCAUCUAUGGUGUCUUGGCUACUGUGAUUAAGACUAAAUGAUGAUGACCCCAGGACAGAUUAAUGAUCCAAAUGGGAACAUUUGAGGAUUUCUGAUGGUCUUACUAGGUGUAAACUGUAAUUAAUGAAUUUUUCUUUUUACAUUUGUAUAAUAUUUUAGAAAUGAUUCAUACUGUAUUAAUUUCUUUUUAUGUUUCAGUCACUUUGAGAUUCAAAUACAAGUGUAACAAAUAUUCUGUCACUGGACUCAUUCAUGCAUUCAGCAAAAUACAGAUUUCAAUUUGGAAAACAAAGAUUGUCUCAUUAAUUACAAUAAAACAUAUGAUGGUACAUACUGAUG